UUCCCCUAGUCUCCCUGCCAAAAACCUUUUGGUCUUUCAUUUUCGUUACAGCUCGAAUGUCCAUGGCUACACAAUUAUGUCCAAAUCAUGUAGUCCCAUAUACAAAUUCUUCCAUCUGUCGUCGAAAUCGAACCACGAUUCUUCCGAUAUUCAGGUCACUUCCGAGUCUUGAUUUGGGUAAAAGGCGGGCCACAAGAUUGUCAGUUCAAUGCUGUGAGAAACAAACAGAGAAUCUCCGGACGUGCAAGAAUUGCAAGACCCAGUUCGACCCUUUGCUCAAUCACCCUCGUGCUUGCCGUUACCACACUGCUCAUUUUGGAGGAGAAACAAGGAGGAAAUUUGAGAGUGUUUAUGCUGGUGGCACCAUGGACACCCCUGACGGUGGUAAAGUUUUUCAAUACUGGCAUUGUUGUGGGUCUGAAGAUCCAUUUGACGCUGGCUGCACUGCUGCACCUCAUGCUUCUUAUGAUGAUUGAUAACAUUGAUUCUCAAAUGGGUAUACUAUAAAUACUUGCUACUUAAAGCACUUUGGCCAAUUCACAGGUGGAAUCUCCUCUUGUAUCUCUGUAAUUUACUACAGUUGUUUUCUCAUAAUUGUACAGCAUAUUUUAAUAUUCUUUCCCUUGAAAUUUGAUGCAUCUGAUACAGUGAAUUUCUUUUUCU